CUUGACACCCUGAAUCCAUAGGAGAACUGAAAUGCCAUAUGCUAGCCUGUAUAUUUCGGGCACGUAUAGUGCGACAAAAGGCGUGACGUCUGCUAGUAUCCGUUCGCAUGCUAUUCUCGUCUUUCUGGCCUGUUGCCUCGUCUCAGACUUCAGCGUGAGACCUGUCAACAUGUUAUUUAUACGGAUAUGAACAUAACAGGCAAUUGGGAACAUGUCAUGUUCGAGGUACCGAACUGCACAAUUGGCGAGAUAUAUCCUCCCUAUGGCAGGACAUUCGAGCCGUCAUUGGAAUGGGCCACACAAGGAAAUUUUAACAUUUUACAGAUCAAUGCAAAUCUGACUGCACAAUCGCAAUGUGACAUCCCGCAUUUCUCCUUUGGAAGACCCAGCCCCGAUGAUCUACUCCAUCCCCAACCGUGUUACCAACCUUGCCGGUACUCUAUUCCAGAUGGACGGGACUGUGGGCUUGCCCAGGGGCAUCAAAGCAGACAGGGUGUCGCAUAAUCGUCCAAACAACCGUUUUGCGGGAGAUGUCCAGCGCUGGAGGCUGGUCGUUUCUAUCCUCGGUACCUUCGGCAUGAAGCGAGACCCUGUCUCUGCCUAUCUUCAUAAUGAAAAGAUCGUCGAAUCCGCGCUGCUUUGUGUACACAAUGAGACCCACGGCGAGGGGCAAAGUUCCAGAACCCCGCCAGCUCGCUUCAUUCCGAAUGAAAACCCCGUCGAGGAGGUGCCAUCGAGGCAUUCAUGCAUUCUGCGCCAGAAGGCCCUCUUCUUUCAGAUGAAAGCAUCAGCCAAGGACAUUCCCGCCUAUGUAGCAAAGAGAGAUGACCGUUCUUGGAAAGGUGGCACAGCACUCCUGCGUCGCGUCGACCGAACUUAGAAGAACCUGAGACAGGGGUGGAGCCCCUAACAGAAGCAGGGUCUGUGCCCCAGUGGGCGCCCGUUUCCAGCGCCCGCAUCGGGUCGAGUCCAGGUUGUCCAGGUUUGAGAGGGUAACA